AUGGCACAAGUCUUCCCACCUCGCCAUGUCUUCUUCCCCAGUUCAACGCACACUUCAACCAUCAUUUUCCUUCAUGGCCGUGGUAGUAACGGCCCCGAGUUAGCCGCCCAGAUGGCCAGGUCCUCCACAUCAUCCGGCAAGUCGAUAUUGGACCAUUUUCCUUCGUCUCGCUGGGUAUUUCCGUCUGCUAGGCCUCGCUGGUCCGAUGCCUUUCAAGUAAGCGUGGGGGAAUGGUUUAAUCCCGACCCUCCAUCUGAAGACCCUCCAGGUAGCGACCAGGAUUAUGAGGAAGAAGAAGAGCUCAGCAUUUCAGCCCUGGAGGAGCUCAAGGAGAGCGUAGAGUAUAUUCUACAUCUCGUGGAGGAGGAGGUGAAUCGGUUCGAUGGUGAUCAAGACCAAGGUCAUCGGGUGGUCCUAGGCGGGUUGAGUCAGGGUAUGGCGGUGGCGAUUAUGGCUUUGGUUUGCGCCCAGAGGCGAUUAGGGGGUCUAGUCGGGGUUAUGGGCUGGCUUCCUUUUGCAGAAAGGAUUGAAUCUCUCUUCGACAGUGGGGAAGCGACCCCUGGACAUGGAAAGGAGGUUUUCGAACAGUUCUUUCCGGUGGGGUUUUUGCAGCAUCAUGAACGGUGGCAGUCGAAGAACAACGGCUUUAGGGGAUCCUCAUGCGAUACUCCCGUUUUCCUGAGCCACGGCGAAGACGAUCAAUGGGUAGAUGCAGACCUGGGUCUGAUAGCUUACAAGAUCUUGGUCCGUCUGGGAUUCCAAAAAGUCGAUUGGAAAAUGUAUACAGGGGCCCCGAACGAUGGGCACUGGCUUAAGGAGCCGGAGCAAUUCAACGCAAUCGUAGACUUCCUUAAGGAAGUAUUGGGGGCGCAUGACAGCUAA